AUGGACCGCAGCGGGCCGUCGGCCAAUGCCAAGCCCCGCAAGGAGUUGUGGCGUGACGAGUAUGAUAAGCUAGGGCGACGGCCGCGGAUGCAAGAGGUUGACGACUGGUAUAACGAGCACGCUGAAAGGAUCUGGGGCCCGGAGAAACCUUCUUUGGAGGCCACCCGCGACCAUGCCAAGUGCCUUCGCAGCAAAAAAGAACUACGCGAGUAUUUUCAGCGCUACAACGCAAAAAAGCAACUUGGGCGUCCCUUCAACGACUUGCGUCAAUGCCGGGGGAAUCGCCCGCGCAGCGGCGGCGGCGGCAGCAGCAGCAACCAGCCGGUAAGUGCUACAGCAGCCAACAGCAGCCAAUCGCCGCGGUCAAGCUCCGACCCGGGUGGUGGUGGCGGCGGCGGCGGUGGUGGCUGUAGCGGCGCCAUGGGCAGCUAUGAUGGUGGCUGCGACGGCGCCACCGGUGGCGCUGGCGCUCAGGAGAUGUACGGCGCUUGUACGAUGGACAUGAUGAGCGACGGAGGCCUCGACCAGCCGCUACGCAGCCGGGAUUCCGACGUGAAAUUUGAACUUGACGGCAGCAGCCCGCAAGCCCGCUUCAGCGAAGGCGGCGGCGGCGGCGGCGGGGUGCCGGACGGCUUUGCGGGGCCCACGGCGAUCUUGGGGACCAUGGGAUCAUCUGUUCGUGGUCAUGAAGCCCUCGGUCCGCUGGGGGCGGCGGUAUCGGCGGGCGAGGACGCCUUGGCCUUGGUCCGCUCCGGGGCGGCGAGUCCCAUCAGCCACGGCAGCGACGGUGGUGGGGGCGGUGGCGCUGGCUCUGACCGACUCAACGCCGCGCGCCAUCAUCCGCACGGUAACCACCUGAGCCGUGCCAAUGGCCAUAUCAACGGGAACAUGGUCGGUGGUUUCGGAGGUCCGAAACCACCAUCGCUUCGCAGCGGCGAUGGAGGAAAUACCGCCGAGGCCACGGACGCCGGCGCUGCCGCCGCCCGAAUGCUAACGGGUAACAGCGCACACUGUCCUGCAUUAUCUGCCGCCGCAGCGGCAGCUGAGAACGUUAUUAACCUGGACAGCCAGAUGCCGUACAACGGCGGCAGCAGAACCGCCGCCGCCACCGCCGCCAACGUAACUACCGGUUCCACGCCUCCUGUCUUUUCCGACUCGCGCCCGGACUCGCACCGCACAAACCUCUCCCGACCCCCGCCUGCCGCGGCGCCGUCGACACUGACGUCUGACGGCCUCGUCCCGCGAAGCUAUCAGGCCCAGGCGCCGCACACGUCCCACUCGCACAGGUUCGAGCCCCACCGACAUCACAAGCACAUUCAGCCGGGCCGAGUCAACUGUGCCCCGGCGGCUUCGGCUGAAGCGGUAGCCUCCGGCUGCUGCGGCGGCGGCUGCAGCGGCAGCGGCGCAGCUGCGAUAAUGGCAGCGGAUGAAGAAGAGGUAGAGGAGGAGGAUGAAGAGGCCGUGGGCGGUGACAAUGCGUCUUCAGGGGCUACGGAAUCGUACCCGAGCAAUUUGGCGCUAGUCUCCCGUUGGCUGGCUGGCAUCGCGGCAUCGGCUCUGAAGAAACGGGUUUCAAUCGACUAUACUGUUGACUUGGCGGGAGCUGCGGCCUCUGACCGCGGCGGCGACGUCGACGCUGUCCCUAUGUACGGCGGCGGCAGCGGCGGCGGUAAUGGAGAUGCAGUGAAUGGCAAGGAACCGGAGGCGACGGGCGUGUUGGACGCCGCGUGGCGGCGGGCGGCGGGGGAGGCGGUGUCGCCGGCGCCGGCGCCGCCGCAGCCAGCCCUGGCACACGCGCAUGGGGAAGAUGCUGCGCCGAUGGAGCACGGCGAUGCGGAAAGCUACGGCGAAGACGAAGGUGUGAAGGCUGAAGAGGAUGCCAGCCGAUUGGCUAAUGUUCAUCUGGACCUGGACGUGACGCAUUGUCAACAACAGCAACGCCACCAUUACGACAGUCCGUGCGGCCGAUCGUCACAAGACCGAAUACCGGGUCCCGUUACAGGUACGGCAACGGUCGCCAUUGAAACGGCGGAGGCGGAGGCGGUACAGCUGGCGCGACGCAGCUCUGGCGGCGGGCGGCGCGAGGCUAGUGGUCACAGUGGCGGCGGCGCAGUCCCGUCACCUGGCGGCGGCGGCGGUGAUGAUGAGGAGCCCUCUCCGUUAGGUCCUCGGGAGCCCUCUCUCUCCGACCUACCGCAGUCGCCGCUGGCGGUGCUGGCGACGGCGGUGGCUACCGACGCCGGCGUUGCCGCUGCCGCUGAAGCGGCGCUGCCGCUACAGCUGUCGUUCCGCUCCAGCGACGCUUUUACCGGGUGCCGCGAAGAGACAGACAUUCUGGGCAGCGGCAGCGCCGGUGGUACUGCCGCAGGUGGCACCGGCGGCGGCGGCGGCGGCGGCGGCGGCUCUCUGUCCGCCGGCAGCAAACGCGCGGCGGCCGCGGCGGCUGCCGCUCUGGAGCUCUUGGGCGUGCCGUCACUGCGCGCCUCCGUCGCUGACGACGGCUUUCCUGACACGCCACACCUGCAUCGGCCGCAAAAGCUCUUGCGGCUUGAAACGGGACUGUCGGGGCAUGGAAGGAGCGGUGGCAGCUUGAGCCAACGUCCAAGUGUGGCGUCAUCUGGCGCUGCGAUAACCGGAAGCGCCGUGAGCUUGAGCGGCAGCGGUGCUGGCAACGGCGGCAGCGGCGGCAUCGUUGUUGAGCCGCCGCCACGUCCACCACCGCCGCCGGCAACGGCAGCUGGCGGUAUUGUACGGGCGCCUACGCCGGUCCCGGGGGUGACACUGCCGCCGGGCUCUCCCCCGGAUCCUUUCCGUACACCCAUGUUCCAACGCUCCAUCGGGAGGGAGGGCCUUGGCGGCGCGCAUCUAGGCGGCGGCGGCGGCGAGGGCGGCAGCUGCAACCUAGCGCCGUCGGUUCUUCAGGCGCGAGAAUCAGUGUGUAUGCGCGGCACGUUGCCGCUGCCGCCAGCAGGGGCAGUAGCAGCGGGGACAGCGGGCUUUUUGUUGCCGCAGCGAGAGUCGCUUAGCGCGCGGGGCAGCAUGCCCCCGCCGCUGCUGCUACUGCCGCCGCGCCCGGACGGCAGUAGCAGAGCUGACGGCAAGGCAGCGCCGCCGCUGCCGCAACACCCGCUAACGGACGCUGGCCGCCGAUUGACAACCCCCCGGCUGCUGUCGGAGGUAGAUGCCGGGUGGUCGGCGGCGGCGGCGGCGGUGCGCCCGCUGGCGGCCCGGCCUGCCGUCACUACCGCGAUCGGCGGCGGCGACGUCGCGCCGAUUGCGCAGGAUGGUGGUGGUGGUGGUGGUAGGGGGAGGGCCGGCCGUGGAGACCUCUGGACCUUUGGAAAGGCAUCCUGCCCCCGCCCCACUGUUUCUGACGACCCCAUCAUUUCAAAAUCAUUCUUGCCACUUUCCACAGGCGGGCCACAUCAUGUACGGCACAUCAUGCACUGGGCCCUAUGCAUGCAGUGA